AUGACAGCACCGACGUUCCUGAAGAUGGUCAUGCUGACCAUCGAUACAGUCCAACCAGUCGUUUAUGAGCGCAUUGUGCCCAUGCUCACUAUGAUUCAGCUGCACAGCAAGGCCUGCCUUAUCCGAAACACCCAUAUGCAAAAAGUAAGCACAAACUUUAUGGACUUAAGGCAUCGGUCUCACCUGAAGAUCUGCUGGUGGACAAAAAAGCACGCGAACCAGGAUCGGUGA